AUGUCUACCCUGAAGUUAAUUCUAUCCCGAGGGGAUCCUUUGCAAACCGACUUUCUCAGCACAGAAAAUAGAGUGUUGUACACCUCCGAGACCAUCACCUACGCCCGACCAUUGCACGGUAGCAGGGCCACGACCACCGUUACCCGUCGAGAUCCCGUCGGCGGCCUACUACAAGCCCCAGGUGGUCGUUGGAACGAGAUCGGUGGAGAUGACGAAGACAGGGUUGUACACAUCAUGUUUAUUCCGCAUGUCUUGCUCUUCCUCAGUCCUGAAAAGUUCCAGGCUCAAGAUGGCCGCAUGUACGAGUGGCAGAUAAGCAACUAUCGAGCACAGCUCGUACCUCUGAACUCUGGCCACAACGCAGCUUACGUAGCUACCUUCUUGCAAAGUUCACAGAGCAUCUUUAAAUCCUGGAACCGCAAGUCAUCCGCAUCGCUUUUCGUACCGCCGGAAGGCACCCACAUCCUUGACGACAUCAUCGUGACGUUCAUAUAUUUCGAGAGCCAGUGGCGAGACCGCGAGAGAUUCAGGGCACGCACCUGGGAUCUCCCCGUAGCCGCCACUUAA